UUGAAUCUUCUCUAUUACAAUCUUUAAAUGUUUCGUGUUUGCUUCUCUUGUGUUUAAAGCUUUAAAACAUAAAUAACUAGCAGCUGUUCUCAGUGUAUUAGUCAACUAUCAAAUUGAGUAUCCUUUAGAAGUCUGACUGAAUCAUAGAGACAUGUCUGACACUGUGGAGGACAAGCUCAAAAACUAUAGGACGGCUCCCUUUGACGCCCGAUUCCCAAACACAAACCAGACCCGCAACUGCUUCCAGAACUACCUGGACUUCCACAGAUGCAACAAGGCCCUGUCUGCUAAAGACCAGGAUGUGUCCCCUUGUGUUUGGUAUCAGAGGGUUUAUAAGAGCCUAUGCCCUGUGAGCUGGGUGGCUAAAUGGGACGAGCAGAUUGAGACUGGAAGUUUCCCAGGAAAGAUCUGAAAUUGCUAACUGUUACCAGACAGGAUGUGUUGCCUGUACCUAUACUUUUCCUUCUGUACUGUGCCUGAGAACAUUCACAAAAAAUUAACUUUGUCAUUACCACUGCUAUCACUGUUAAUUAAACUAUAUACGCACAACUUCUACCAUGUCAAUGUCUAAAGUGUGUUAUAAACAUCUCUUUGAUAGCAUUAAUUUGACAACUAUGAUGUUGAACCAGUUAAGAAUAUUGUAUUUUAUGACAUUUAAGUACUUUGUUGUUUGAUCUGACUUUACACCAACUUUACCCAGAGCCAGGCACAGUUCAUUUUGUCAUAAAUCACUGUUACACACAACAAACAUGGGCAGCAUCUGCUUAAGUCAGCAUUGUUAGUGAAUAACUGUGCCUGCUCAAGUCAGAUGUGAUGAAAAUAUCUUUCAGUGCCCAGUAUUUUCCCCUCUGUUUUCAACUAGUACAACUAAAUUAAGUUCAUACUGAGAUUGCCUCAGAGACUGUAUGUAAGAUGGUAACAUUUUAGUCAUUUCAAAAAUUGAAAUCCUAAUAAAAAUUACGUUCUAAA